UUUUUUUUUGUUUUUGAUAAGGUUUUUUUUUUUUUUAAAGUAAUAAUUAAUCUCUAUAAAAUUUUACCCCGAAAUCCAUCAAAUAAUUAAUCAUAUCAAUUAAUACCGUUAUCAUACUAAAACAGUUUACCAAACCUCUUUUGCAUUUUUUAUAUAUAAGUAGAGGCUCUGUCCCACUUUCUUUACAUUUAUUCCUUUUUUUAUAGUGAUUUAAUUAUUAACCAACCAAGAAUUAAAUACCUCCUAUCAAGCACUUCAAUUCCUCAUAUUCAAUUCUACUUCAAUUUUAUAAUUCAUUUCAUUUAACUUGGUUUAAUUGCAUUACACUUAAUUUAACUCAUCUCAUCUGCGGAUCUAAUUUAGUCUUGAACAUACAUAUAGAUCUUACUUCAGUUUGAACUACCUACCCUUCAAUUUCAUGCAAACAACUAUCAUAGAUCAUUUGAUACUAUCUUGCAAUCUUAAAUAAUUACUAUCAAUAAUUUUAUAUAAUGAGUUCGGAAAGUAUUAAUCCCAUAGUGUCUUACUCUAAGGCUGACCCAGAAUUGGGUCCAAUUACUUCUCAAGUCCAUGUUGAUAACGUCCAUGUCACUUCUAUUUUGUCCCAUAAAGAUAUCACUAUCAAUGUCGAUCAUAUGGUAGAUAAUGAUGAAGCCAUGGUUUUGGCUAUGGGUUAUAAACAAGAAUUCGAUAGAGAAUUCUCUUUAUGGUCUAUCUUUGCCGUAUCAUUCUCUGUUCUUGGUUUGUUACCUUCUAUUGCCGCUUGUUUCGACUACCAACAAUUGGUUAUUGGUAUGUCGCCAAUUCCUUGGCUUUUAGCAGUGUUUUUCGUCACUUCCGUUGCCUACAGUUUGGCUGAAAUUGCUUCUGCCUUCCCGGUUUCUACUGGUACUCCAUAUGCAGUAUCACAAUUAGCCCCACCAAAAUAUAAAGCAUAUUUAACAUGGUUAACUUGUUGGGCUAAUUGGUUAUGUCAAAUUACUGGUAUGCCUUCAGUAAACUAUUCGGGUGCUUGUAUGAUGUUGGCUUUAAGAACUUACUGUCAACCUGACUAUGUACCAACAAAUGGUCAAAUUUAUGGUUUAACUACCGCAAUUAACGUCACUCAUGGAUUUAUUGCAUCUUUACCAACUUUAUGGGCUGCCAGAAUUAAUUCCUUAGGUACCAUUGUCAAUAUCCUCUUCCUUGUUAUAGUCUUCAUCAUGAUCCUUGCUGGUAACGACCGCGUCGCUAUGUACGACGGAUCAAUCCCAAAAUUCAAUCCAAACUCAAUUGCAUGGUCUUUGGAAAAUCAGACCGACUUUCCUCAAGGGAUCGCCAUGUUGAUGUCGUUCUUGGGAGUCAUUUGGGCUAUGUCCGGUUAUGACUCGCCCUUUCAUCUUGCCGAAGAGACCACACAUGCUAAUAUUGCAGCCCCUAAAGCAAUCGUUUUAACCUCUACUGUAGGUGGUGUAAUCGGAUUUAUUUUUAUGAUCGCGAUUUCCUACACAUUAGUUGACAUAGAUUUGAUCGCUGCAGAUCCAGAAGGCUUAGGUCAGCCAUUUGUCCUGUAUCUAACGCAGAUUAUGAAAAAAGAUAUGGUUAUUGCUGCGACUGCUUUUACUAUUGUUUCUUCUUAUUUUAUGGGUGAAUCUUGUUUAUUAGCUGCUUCAAGAGUGACAUGGGCUUACUCAAGAGAUGGUUUAUUUCCAGGUUCUAAAUGGUGGAAAAUAGUCAGUCCAUUAACCAAGACUCCUAUUAUUGCUGUUUGGGUUAAUGUAGUUCUUGGUCAAUUAUUCUUGUUAUUAAUGUUUGCAGGUGAUACUGCUAUUGGAGCUAUUUUCUCAGUGGGUGGUAUUGCUGGUUUUGUUUCCUUUACUAUGCCUACAUUAUUAAAGAUCACUUAUGCUAGAAAUACUUUCCAACCUGGUCCUUGGAAUCUUGGAAGACUUUCUACUCCUAUUGGUGCCGUAUCAUGUGCAUUCGUGUUGGUCAUGAUUCCAAUUUUAUGUUUCCCAUACACAACAGGAUCAGAUUUGAAUGCACAAUCAAUGAACUGGACAGCUGUUGUUUUCUUUGGUCCAUUACUUAUGGCUUCUAUUUGGUUCGUUGUUGAUGCUCAUAAGUGGUAUGUUGGUCCUAAGAGUAACAUUGAUGAGUCUGACAUUACAUACGGAGAUACUCCUGAUGUCAUUGACGGUAGAGAGAAGGAUGAGUCUUUAGAAUAUUCUGAUGAGAAGAAGUAGGUUGUGGUAUUUAUUUUUAUUUUAAUUCUUGAUAUUAUCUAUAUAGUGAAAUUUUCUAAUACAUAUUAAUUUGCGUUUCAUAGUUAAAUAUAAUGCCUAUUACAGUAACC